AUGGCUCAAGCUACAAUUAAGAAGUAUUCAGCUUCAAAACAAUUACCAUAUAAGCCAAAUGCUGUUCUUAUGGGGAAAACAGGAGCUGGAAAAACGACAUUGGCUAAUAAAUUGUGUGGAACAUCGCAUCAAUCAGGUGCAGCAAGAGGAAGUGUUACUCAAAAGCUUUUUCAAAAUGAUGUUAACUGUGGUAGCUUUCCUUUUGCUAUAAUUGAUACACCAGGAACUGAUAGUGCAAAGCAGUCGUAUAAACAUGCAUUUUUAUUAAGAACAGGUUUAACGACAACAAAAGUAAAUGCAAUUUUUUUUAUUAUCAAAUACGACAGUCGAUUCGAUAAGAUAAUCGAAGAUUAUUUUCAACUCGAAUUACCAGUCUCCAAGUAUGUCUCAAAAGUGAUUGUCAUGAUUUCACAUUGGGAUCAAUCAAAAAACCCUGAACUCGAUUAUAGAGAAAUCUUAAGCUCAUUUGAAGACGAUUGUCCUAAAGUGUCGAAUAUUAUUUUCAUGUCCGAGCAAUGUUUGAAUUCACAGGUAGCCGAUCUAAUGUAUAGCUGUUUAUCAAAUAUGCCAGCUGAAAGCUUAGUAAUAACUGAUGAAGAGUUUCAAUUGAAUUUCAAUACGUACGAAAUGCGAAAUGCAAUUAAAGCGUCAUUCCAACAGUAUCAAAACAGAGCGAAAAUCAUUGAAGCAGAAUACUCGACAUUAAUAGGAGCUGUCGCAUCUGCACGGAGUCUAGAAAGCGAUGAAGUACUGCAUAUGUGUAUCAUUCAAUUUCGAGAAGAAGUAGAAAGUUUAUUGAAAGAAUUCGAAGGAAAACAUGGUGCUGCAAUGGAAGAAUUAGACUGCUACACAUUUCACCUAAAAAUGAAACAAGAAAAUAUCAAACUUUGUAACGAAUUUGCAGAUAAAGUUGCACCGUUAAUGUCAUAUAAUUUAUUAGAUAAUACUGAUCCUCGAAAUUUAAUUAAGCGCUGUCCAAAUUGUCAAUUGAUUUGGUAUAAAACAGAAGGCUGUGAUGGUACGACUAGUUGUGGUAACAACGGCUUUAGCAAUUACUUCGAUUUGAGUAGCCGACCUUUUUUCCGAUACAUACUGGUACGAAUCAAUGGAAAACUUACAUGGCAAAAAAAUGAGAAGCCAAAACGAACGCCCGUUAAAGUAGCUCAAACCGAUGCCAAACGAGUUGGUUGCGGUGUUUCAUUUGUAUGGGGACAACAACCAAAGAUUGAAGAAGAAAAAAUUCUCGAAUUAUUCAAAGUGAAAACAAUUGAAGAAGCUAGAGAAUCAAUUAGAAAUGCUAAAUUCUCAAAUACAAGAGCAGAAUAUGAACGCCGAAUUGAUCGAAGCUUUCAUUCUUAA